AUGGCCGCUCAGCUAAUGGCACUAGUGUCCAAAACCACAGGUGUCUUCUCUUGUUCCAGAGCCUCAUCGGCCACCGCUCUUGGGCUUAACAGUGUCUCCUCCCUCCUCAAUCUUACAGCAAAUGCCAAGGAACUUACCAACAUCCUGAAGUACCACAUUGGUGAUGAAAUCCUGGUUAGCGGAGGCAUCGGGGCCCUGGUACGGCUGAAGUCUCUCCAAGGGGACAAACUGGAAGUCAGCUCGAAAAACAAUGUAGUGAGUGUCAAUAAGGAGCCUGUUGCCGAAACCGAUAUCAUGGCCACAAACGGUGUGGUCUAUGCCAUCAACACUGUUCUGCAGCCGCCAGCCAACCGACCACAAGAACGAGGAGAUGAGCUGGCAGAUUCUGCCCUUGAAAUCUUCAAACAGGCGUCAGCAUAUUCCAGGGCUGCCCAGAGGUCUGUGCGACUUGCCCCUGUCUAUCAGCGGUUACUGGAGAGGAUGAAGCAUUAGCAGGAAGACCGAGGAGGAGAGCCCUGCAGCAGCUUCCCGCCAGUUUCUCUCAGUUUGCCAAAGAGACCAUUGAAUGUUUUUGAAACCAAAGAGCACACUUCCAACAUACAUGGGCUGCACCAUAUUGAGAUCUGAGCCUUAGACGGGUAGGGAAGGGGUUAAGGGGAGAAAGGUUCUUUUUAGCUUUCGAUCCCUCCAAACGUGGUUGUUAACCCAUUGAAUAUACAGAUCUGGCAGUCAUAGCUUGGCACCAAAUUCCCGAAAGGACCUCUCCAAAGCAUGGAAUUUCCCGACUGUGCCAAGGGCCUGGAUAAAGGGGAACUACGGCAUCUUGGAGCUCACAAAUGUGAAUCAAGCAGUCCGACAUUCUGGAAACCCCUGGCAUGGUUCUGUAAAGCUCUUGUACCGCUGGAGAAACGGCAUCACUAUAAGCUAUGAGUUGAACUGUUUCUGUCAAGUAUGUCUUGUGUCCACACAUGGUUUGGAUGCUUCUAUAUUGGCCCUGCCCAGGUAGAAAGGAAAGGGUAAGAAGAACAUGUAGAAUCCAGAUUCCCUGAGUGUGAGGAACCCAUGGUGCAUUUGUAAUAAUAAAACCAGAGAAACAAA